AUGAAAAGACUUACUAGAAUUGCCAAGGGAAGUGGGGAAUCAAAUCCGUCAAAUACCAUAGUUCAAUGGCUCUCAUCAGUGAGAAAAAACACAACAGUGCUUAAUGAGCGUAAUGAUGGAGAAACGGGCCAGUAUGCCACAGAGCUUCAUGGGGAUGAGACAGCACUGACUAAAAGUUUCCGCCAACUAAUGGACGAGCUCCAUCUAGGAGAGAUCUGGGAAGAAAGAUUAGACAGGACAAAUUGCCCCAUAUGCAAAUCUGCACCAGUGAACCCUGUGAUCACUUCAUGCAGGCAUUUAUAUUGUGAGGAGUGCUACUACUCCUUACGGAUGGACAAGGACAAAUUGCUUAUGGAGCCUAAAUGCGUCAACUGCCGUGUUUCGAUCACGGAAGCCGCUUAUUUUAAGGAAGAGGGUAACGAAAAGACACAACCCGCAUCGAUUCACGGGGCAACUAUCUGGAAGGGAAAACAGCGCAAAAAGAGAACCACAACCAAGAAACAAUCUAAGAGCAGCAUUCGCCAGAUCACGGCGCCACAAGCAGACGAAACGGAUGAAGAGCCGGACGCCGACGAGGAUACGGACUGGAUUGGAGCGUGUGCCCAGCAUAUGCCUAGUGCGAAACUCACGAAGAUACGCGAAAUUCUUACAGAGUGGCUUGCCCAGGAAUCCUCGGACAAGAUAGUCAUCUUUACCCAGUUUCUAGAUUUCGUUGAAAUCCUGUCUACCAUGUGCAAAGCAGAAGGGUGGCCGUUUGUCCUCUUGACCGGAAAAUUGGGUCUAUCAGUCCGCGAAGACAAUAUGAAGACGUUUAGUGAUAAGAAUAGCGAAGUGAGGGUUCUCAUUGCCAGUUUGAAGGCUGGAGGCAUAGGACUAGACCUAUCAGCCGCCAACAAAUGCAUUCUUGUUGACUUGUGGUGGAACGAAGCUAUUCAGGAGCAGGCAUUUUGCCGCUUGUUUCGAAUUGGGCAAGAAAGCGAGGUGGAAUUUGUGAAGCUUAUCGUCGAUAAUUCUAUUGAUGACUACCUGCUCAAAUUGCAGACACAUAAAACGGCUGUUAUUACCGGAGCUAUGGGCGACGGAGUCCUAGCGGGACGGGAUACAAUUGAGGAUCUCCUUCGAAUGUUCGCAGAUGUCGAAAAGGACCCUAAUGGGGUGCUUCAUCUCAGGGCCAAGACAUCGUCGAGGGAUAUUAGGAUUGGAGCUGGAUUCCGACCAACUUUUGGCGUGUUUUGA